AUGACUGCACCACUUUCGACAUCGCUUUUCAAGAACCCCAGCCUCAUGAGGUUGUAUCUUCUCUUAAUUCCUGGCUCUUUGAUCGUCAGCGCGGCCAUGGGUUACGAUUCGAGUCUCAUGAAUGGAAUUCAGGGAGUCAAUCGGUGGCAAGACUUCUUUAACCAUCCCGAGGGCUCUCUCUUGGGCAUCAUGAACGCCAUCCUUCCACUCGGAGCGGUGUUUGGUACUGUUCCAGCAGCUUGGAUAUCUGACCACUAUGGCAGAAGGUGGGCAAUGGCUGUCGGCGACAUUAUCGUUAUCCUUUCAACCAUUAUCCAGACGGCCAGCAUCAACACGGGCAUGUAUAUGGCCUCCCGAUUUCUCAUCGGUUUCGGAAUCACGAUUGCAUCCAGCUCUGCCCCAAUGCUUGCCGCCGAACUUGCUCACCCCGAAUCGCGAACGACCCUCACAUCGAUGUAUAAUACACUCUGGUACCUGGGAUCAAUCAUCGCUGCUUGGACCACAUACGGCACAUAUCGAAUCAACUCUGAAUGGUCUUGGCGCCUUCCUACAGCUCUUCAAGCCCUGCCAGCCAUCGUCAACCUGGUCGGGCUCUGGUUCCUUCCCGAAAGCCCCCGAUGGCUAGUUGGUCAAGAUCGUCAUGAGGAUGCCCGUGCUAUCCUCAUCAAGUAUCACGCAGGUGGUGACGAGAAUUCUGCUUUUGUUGCGGCUGAGUUUGAGGAAAUCCGAGCCGCCCUUCAACUUGAGCUCGCUGGUACUCGCUCCUGGAAGGAACUCGUCCAGACUAAGGCCAACAGACAUCGUACAUUUCUUGUUCUUUGCUGUGCCUUUUUCCCUCAAUGGUCAGGAAAUGGAUUGGUUUCUUACUACAUCGCACCCGUUCUCAGAUCCAUUGGUAUCAACUCUCAAGAAGACAUUACCCUUAUCAACGGUAUUCUUCAAAUUUGGAACAUGAUCGUCGCUAUGACUGGUGCUAACCUCAUCAACCGCGUUGGACGUCGGCCUCUUUUCAUCGUGGCUACCUCGUGCAUGCUGGCGGGUAUGGUAGCAUGGACCAUCACUGGUAGUGUUUUCGCGCGAACCAAGUCAGAAGCCACUGGUGCCGGUAUUCUCACCUGCGUCAUAUUCUUCGCCUCCUCUUACAACAUCUGCUGGAACCCACUGGCAGUUGCGUACCCAGUCGAGAUCCUCCCAUUCAAUAUCAGAGCCAAAGGUAUUACUUUGCUGAUGGGAUCUAUUAAAGGAGCUAGCUUCUUCAACCAGUUUGUCAAUCCCAUUGGUCUCAAGAACCUGGGUUGGAAGUACUACAUUGUGUACUGUGUCUGGCUGUGCUUUGUCUUGCUAACAGUAUUCUUCAUGUUUCCUGAAACCAAGAACCGGUCUCUAGAAGAGAUUUCUGAAGUCUUUGAAAAGUACUCUGAUGAGCAGACCGAGAAGAAGUUGGAAGCAACUAGUGUUGAGUGCGUCGAACAUCGCAAGGGCGAAAAGAAUUGA